AUGACUAAACUAAUCAAAGCUGUUCAGUGUGUGCGAGACAUCCGGGAUGUUCAUGAGACGUGUGCGGUUAAUAACGGAGGCUGUGACAGCACGUGUCAUGACGCCGUGACUGGAGUUCGCUGCAGCUGCCCGGUGGGAUUCACCCUACAGCUGGACCGCAAGACCUGCAAAGACAUUGAUGAAUGCCGCAUGAACAACGGCGGGUGUGACCAUGUGUGCAGAAACACGGUUGGCAGCUUCGAAUGCAGCUGCAAGAAAGGAUACAAACUUCUGACCAAUGAGAGGACGUGCCAAGAUAUUGAUGAGUGCAGCAUUAAUCGGGGUGGCUGCAAAUUCGGAUGUGUGAACACUCCGGGCAGUUACGAGUGUACCUGCCCUCCUGGUUACAAACUGCACUGGAACAAGAAGGAUUGCAUUGAGAUUGUGAAGUGUACGUCCAGUCUGGUGGCCCCCAAAGCCACCCUUACUUGCAGUAAAAUGGGGAAGAAAGAGAGCUGCUCUCUCACUUGUGCAUCUAAAGCACAUUACCUAUCAGAAUCAGACAACAGCUAUUCUGUUAGCUGUGGAAUACCCAUCCUACGAGGUAAAUCUCAGAGCAGAUUAAACGCAAGCAGCAUCCAAAGCUGCAUAGAGACUCAGGCUCCUCCAGUGAAGCAGACGGUGUCCUUCCGGAUCAAGAAUGCCAAAUGCCACCUGCACCCAAAGCAUAAAGGGAGGGCAGAGGACAACGGCAGACAGAUCGGGCCAGGUGGCCAACCGUGCAACAACUGCCUGGUCACGUUCGUUAACCUGAAGUGCGACUCGUCUAAGAAGGCCAAAGGUCGUCGGGCACGUAACCCAUCAAGCAAAGAGGUCACGCGCAUCACUCUGGAGCUGGAGGCUGAGGUCAAGCCAGGAGACGCCACUGGGAACUGUAACAUGAUGUGUCAAAGGCAGCGUAUGGAGCAGCAGAUGAAGUCAUACAUUAAAGCCCUGAAAAAAUCCAUAAAUCAGGAGCGUUUCCUCAUCCGUGUGGCUGGAUUGGAGUACGAGGUGGCACAGAAGCUCCCACAAGCUGCACUGAGGCAGGAGAACUGUGGACCGGGCCGAGAAAAAGACAGCGGCCGCUGUGUCAGAUGUUUGCCUGGGUCAUACUACCACGGUGAGCAGGAACGCUGUGUCCAGUGUCCGCCUGGAACAUUCCAGGAACGUGAAGGUCAGCUGGCCUGUGAUCUUUGUCCUGGAGGAGACCGCCAUGGCCCACAAGGGGCCCGCAACAUCACGUCAUGUGCAGGUCAAUGUCCGCCAGGUUAUUUCUCCAGCGACGGGUUCAAGCCCUGUCAGCCGUGCCCUCUGGGAACGUACCAACCCGACCCAGGACGAACUCUCUGUUUCCCCUGUGGAGGUGGGCUCGGUACCAAAAGAGAGGGUGCCAGCUCCUUUAAUGACUGUGAGGUCAAAGUGUUGUGUUCUCCAGGUCAUUAUUAUAACACCUCAGUCCAUCGCUGCAUCCGCUGUCCUCAUGGAACCUACCAGGCUGAGUUCAGACAAAACUACUGCAUCUCCUGUCCGGGAAACACCACCACAGACUUCGACGGGGCCAUCAGUGUGUCUCAAUGCAAGAAUCGGGAAUGUGGGGGUGAAAUAGGCGAGUUCAUCGGAUACAUCGAGUCUCCCAACUAUCCAGGAAACUACCCAGCCAACGUAGAGUGUAUCUGGACGAUCAACCCUCCACACAAACGCAAGAUUCUGAUCGUUGUUCCAGAGAUCUUCCUCCCAUCUGAGGAUGAGUGCGGAGAUGUCCUAGUAAUGAGGAAGAACGGAUCAGUGACCUCUAUCACCACCUAUGAAACAUGUCAGACGUAUGAGAGACCGAUCGCUUUUACCUCCCGAUCGCGCCGCCUCUGGAUCAACUUCAAAUCCAAUGAUGUAAACAGUGCUCGCGGAUUCCAGAUUCCAUACGUCACUUACGAUGAAGACUAUGAGCAGCUGGUUGAAGACAUUGUAAGAGAUGGAAGACUUUAUGCCUCUGAAAACCAUCAAGAAAUACUCAAGGACAAAAAACUGAUUAAAACUCUGUUUGAUGUGCUGGCUCACCCAAACAAUUACUACAAGUACUCAACUCGGGACUCCACAGAGAUGCUCCCACGUUCAUUCAUACGCCUCAUCCACAGCAAAGUCUCCGCCUUCCUGCGUCCGUACAAAUAGUCCAAAAGCGCUGUCCACCUCCACACAUCUCCAGUCACCUGGCCUUGAGUCAACGGGAUCCUACACACAUUUAAAGGAAAUACACACACUCACACACACACACAUUUUCAAUGGCACACACACACAAUCACACUAUGCAGAUGUUUCACUUUACCUUUUUCUUUUCUUUUUCUUGUCAGUCAUCUCCGAGAGGAAAAAAGCUUCUGUGUAGUCUACAUGUAAUGCAGUCGUAUCAAGCCAAACUGAAGUGUUUCCUUUCUCUACGUGUUGGUCACCGUUCUGUACGGUGUUGAUGUUUUUUUGUUUGUACGUUUGCACGCUCAGUCCUGAGGCGUCCCGAAGAGGACGACGAUGGUUUGGGUGGUUCCCAUGCCCCCCGUUAAGAGCGACGUGUGAGUUUAAACACACCUGAUUGUGUUGUACAGACAAAAGAAAGUUGUAGCAUGUCAAAGAAAAGAAAAUCUAUUUGUCGAACUGGAGCUAGCUGUGAUCGUGCUUUAGAAAAUAGUCUUUUUCCCCCAAUUUCCAGCUCUCGUAAACUCGUAGUUCUCAAAAUAAAUGUACAAUCUUUUGUAUAUCUGUACUUUUAGUGUGCUCUUGGUAAGAUCUACUUCAUAUCAAGCAUUUCACAAUGUUAAAGCAUUUUAUUUGAGCUCCUAGAGCAUACAUGUAAUCUAUAAAUCAUGCUGUUAAUACAGUAAUGUUUUAUUAAGGUCUGCCUGUUCGGAUUGUAUUAUUGUCAACAGCAUAUUCGUCUAUUUCCUAAUAUUCAAAUUAAUUUAACAAGGCAUAAGAGAUAUGCAGGUUAUUGGAAAGGCUCGGGUGAUGAAAAGGUCGGUUGGUAUUGUAAAAACAGUGGACUGUUAACACUCAGUUCUGUGAGAGUUUUUUGCAGAACAUGCAAUUGCUGCUGCUUCUUCAGAAACGUCACUUUAAGCCUUUGGUUUUACCUAAUGUGACUCACGAAAUUUCCUAUAGCGAAGAGCAGUCAAGAGGACAAAAUCGUUCACAGGUUGGAAGUAAUGUUUUCAUAAUGCAGACACGAAUCACUGAUAAACGUAAACCACAGGUUGACGUGGAUGGACUUGAGCAAAAAAUGGCAUCGCUCCAGAUUUCAGGAUGAAACGACGUUGAAGUGAACGAUGAAGUGUUUCGAGUUUGUUUUGCACAUUACAUAAGGACCAAAAGAGAAGCAGCAUUCGGGUUACAAGUGUUGGGAUUCAACGGAGCGUGGUGAGAAGUGCCUGAAGUGCAAAAGUGUCAGGAUAAACCUGUGGAUGUUGACAUUUAUGAGUGUUUCCUGUAUUAAUUAUGAACCCGUUAGUAUUCCUCACAAAUGUGUUUAUAGGUAAAGCCCUUUACAUGAAGUGAGAAAAGAACGAAUCUUUGAGAAGGUUAAACCAUACCCAGUUUUGAUAUGUAAACAGAAAAGGACUGGACAAAAUGGUAGUUUACUUUUCUUUUUUUGUAUAUUGUAAAUAUGAAAUAAACGUAGACUGAUUGGAGUCUGAGAGAUAAGUCCAAACAAGUUGUUUUCCCGACCUUGUAUUUAGAAACUUACCGUUGCGCAAAGGUUGACACAAAAGAGGGUGCGUUCAAUCUUUAAACAUUAAUGCCAGAUUCAUACUCUACGCAAGUAUGCAAACGCUUGGCCAGUGUGUUGCAAGCACAUGGUCCCGUUGUAUAUAAACAUGCAUUCUUGAGUUGCUGUGGUGGUAACAGUCUUCGGGACUUAAGGGGGCUAUAGUUACUUUGCCAUGUUUGUAUUAAAAAAACAAAAAGCUAGCUAUAUAUACAUCGACUUUAACUUGCUCAACGAGAUUCUCUUUGCCAUCUCAGCAGCUCACCUAAAAGACAAUUUUUACCUUAAAAAAAGAUAGUUUACGCUAAUGCAAUACUCAGAAUGCAACAUACAGUGCAUGCACGUUUCAGAAAACAGUGAUUCAUUAAAUCAAGCUUGCGUGGCUAAAAAUGUUUUCAUUUACAUACUUGCGUAGAAUGUUUUGGGACUAUUUCUGUGCU